GCAAAGAAACAGCAUCUAUACGCCAUGGCAUCGGUUUCGAAGCUUGUGCUUCUCGUGCUGUGCGCUUACCACACUCUCGUUGCUCACGCAGGAGAUGAUCUUCGCAGCCACUACAUGGUUCUGCCUGCUGGUUCUCUGAAAUCUGCCACCCUCAACUGCACCGAUCACCAAGCAGUGAGUCCAGCAUCCGGCGGCGUCGUCAUGGUGCCGUUGCACCACCGGCACGGCCCAUGCUCCCCUGUCCCCUCCACGAAGGCGCCGACCUUGGAGAAGAUGCUCCGGCGUGACCAGCUCCGAGCUGACUACAUCGGACGGAAGUUCUCUGGCGCCAAGGGUGGCGGCCUGGAGCAAUCGGAUGUAACCGUGCCGACCUUGCUGGGCCUCUCCCUGGGCACGUUGGAGUACGUGAUCACCGUCGGCAUCGGCUCGCCGGCCGUGACCCAGACCAUGUUCAUCGACACCGGCAGUGACGUGUCAUGGGUGCACUGCAAGCCGUGCUCGCGGUGCCACUCGCAGGCGGACUCGCUCUUCGACCCCAGAUCGUCGAGCACCUACUCCCCGUUCACCUGCAGCUCCGCCGCCUGUGCGCAGCUCCGUCAAGAUGGCCAAGGAAACGGCUGCUCCGGCUCCCAGUGCCAGUACGUUGUCAACUACGGCGAUGGUUCGAGAACCACCGGGACCUACAGCUCCGACACGCUCUCGCUGGGCUCCAACGCCGUCAGCAACUUCCAGUUUGGGUGCAGCCAGUCUGAGUCGGGCCUCCUUCUCAACGACCAGGACCAGACCGCUGGGCUCAUCGGGCUCGGCGGCGGUGCUCAGUCGCUGGCCACCCAGACCGCGGGCACCUUCGGCAAGGCCUUCUCGUACUGCCUCCCGCCGACUCCGAGCUCGUCCGGGUUCCUCACUCUGGGUGCAGCAACCUCGGGUUUCGUCGUCAAGACGCCGUUGCUGAGGAGCAGGCAGGUCCCGGCGUACUACAUCGUGUCUCUUCAGGCCAUCAGGGUCGGAGGCAGGCAGCUCAACAUACCCACCACGGUCUUUUCCGUCGGGUCGCUCAUGGACUCCGGCACAAUCAUCACGCGCCUGCCGCGGACCGCGUACUCGGCGCUGUCAUCGGCGUUCAGGGCCGGCAUGAAGCAGUACCCGCCGGCGCAGCCCAUGGGCAUCUUGGACACGUGCUUCGACUUCAGUGGCCAGUCCAGCAUCAGAAUACCGACCGUCGCACUGGUGUUCUCCGGGGGCGCCGUCGUCAACCUCGCCCCCGAGGGGAUCAUUCUGGAGAGCUGCCUCGCCUUCGCGGCCAACCGCGAUGACAGCUCCCUCGGUAUCAUCGGCAACGUGCAGCAGCGGACGUUCGAGGUGCUCUACGACGUUGGUGGCGGCGCCGUGGGGUUCAAUGCAGGCGCAUGCUGAUCGGCGCGCACAAGUACUUGUUUGCUGCGGCGAGCUAAGACUUCUCACAGAGUAUCACUAUCACGCAUCCUCAUACAAUAUACUCCUAGAUAACAAUAAAAUAAAUAAAUAAAGAGAAAGUAUUAGCAUACUACUUAUAUCA